AUGUCUGAUAUCGAAGCUAAUCCCACUGCAUCCACAAUCAAGCCUCCUUAUGGAGCCGAGCACGGUGAAGAUACCAACCAUGCCGUGGCCCGUAUCAUCACCUCUGGUGACGAUAAUGAAUUUAUUCACAUUGGUAACACAAAGGUGUACAGAGACGAAUUGAUUGCUGCUUUUGGUGGUACUUUGAACCCCUCUCUCCACGCUGCUCCAUCCAGAAAGUUCGCCAACCCCUCACCUCUUGGUUUGUGUGCCUUUGCCUUGACCACUUUCGUUCUUUCUUUGGUCAAUGUUCAAGCCCGUGGUGUCCAGACUCAAAACAUUGUCGUUGGUUUGGCCUUUUUCUAUGGAGGUGCUAUUCAAUUGCUUGCUGGUAUGUGGGAGAUGGUUGUUGAGAACACUUUUGGUGCUACUGCCCUCAGUUCUUAUGGUGGUUUCUGGAUGUCUUUUGGUGCCAUUCUUACCCCUAGUUUUGGUAUUCUUGAUGCCUAUACUGAUCCCAAGGAUCUUGAGAGUGCUCUUGGAUUCUACCUUAUUGGCUGGUUUAUCUUCACCUUCCUUAUGUUGUUGUGCACCAUCCGAUCUACUGUGGCCUUCUUCUCUCUGUUCUUCUUCCUUGACGUCACUUUCAUUCUGCUUGCUGCUGGUAACUUUUCUGGUCAUGUCGGUGUCACCAAGGCCGGUGGUUGGUUCGGUAUCAUCACUGCUUUCAUUGCCUGGUACAAUGCCCUCGCCGGUGUGGCCACCAAGGAGAAUUCUUGGUUGACUUUCAAGCCUAUUUUCAUGCCUGGUGCUCAACGUAUUGAGAAGAAAUCCAAGAGUCAAUAA